GUAGUCUUGUAGGUGGCACCUUCCACUCAAGUUGGAAGGCCAUACUGUGACUAUAUCUUAAAUAACAAUGAAGUUUAGAGCACCCGCAUCAUAUUAAAAUUUUAUCUAAACCAUAUUAUAGAAAUGUUAUAAGAAGCUUGUUAGAAUAUAGUCACUCGAGCCACCGAGCUUUACAAUAGCAAUAGCCAUGAUGAAAGCAAGAGGUUGUGAUCUCCUUCUGUUAGUUGUUCUUUGGUUAGUAAUUUCUGGUAGCGAAGGUUGGUCAAUUGGAGCUCACAAUCAUGAAGAGCAGGAAGGAAACAGUAGCCACGGGUCACAGUAUUACAGCAGUUCUGGUCCUUCUCCAGCUCCCUAUAAUGGCUUCUUCAGGCCGCAUGGGAGAAUUUUCAGCAUUUUGGAUUUUGGGGCCAAGGGAGAUGGAGUCUCCGAUGAUUCUAUGGCACUUCUAGCAGCAUGGAAGGCAGCUUGCACAGUCCCGGAGGCAACCAUAGAAAUCCCAUCAAAUUUCAUAUUUCUUAUAAAACCAAUUACUCUGCAAGGCCCAUGCAAAUCUAAUUUGGUUCUCAAGAUAGAUGGGACCCUCCUGGCACCUUCUAACACUUCAACUUGGUCAAAAUCUACCCGCUACCAGUGGCUGAACUUAAAAUGGCUUAGUAGCCUUAUCAUCCAAGGAAGUGGAACUCUUGAUGGGCAAGGCUCUUCAUGGUGGAAUCUUACUGAAAAUACUUUGCAGAAACAAACUGAACAUUCAAUUUCAGAAAUGAGACCAACAAUUUUGAGAUUCUACCAGAGCUGUAAUUUAGUGGUGCGUGACAUUCAAAUCAUCAAUAGCCCACUUUGUCACCUUAAAUUUGACAACUCAAGGAGGGUCCUGGUGAUGAAUAUCACAAUCUCCUCACCAGAAGAUAGCCCAAACACUGAUGGCAUUCAUCUCCAGAACUCCACAGGAGUGGAGAUAAGGCACUCCAUCAUUGGAUGUGGUAGGGAAAAAAAAACUCCUCUUCAACAAACUCAAAUGAUUCCUAUAAACUUUCCCGUUCACUUUAUGGAUGUUUUUAAUAGCUUUUUCGAACUUUCAGGUGAUGAUUGUGUUUCCAUUCAAACCGGGUGCUCAAAUAUUCACCUGCAUCACCUAGAAUGCAGUCCAAGCCAUGGAAUCAGCAUAGGAGGUUUGGGGAAAGGCAACAGCUUGGCUUGCGUCUCUAAUGUAUAUGCUAACAACAUCAAUAUUCAAAAUGCCCUAUCUGGCGUCAGGAUCAAAACUUGGCAGGGAGGUUUCGGGUCAGUCAGGAAUGUAACAUUCUCCAACAUUCAAGUCUCGGAUGUUCAAAUACCACUAGUGAUUGAUCAGUAUUACUGCAGUAAAAAAUCAUGCAAGAAUAAAACUGAUGCAGUAGCCAUUUCAGGCAUCUCAUAUAAGAGAAUUAUAGGAACUUACAUAUAUCAACCAAUGAGUCUCGCUUGCAGUGACAGUAUUCCAUGCAUUGAUAUCGACAUAAUUGAUAUACAACUUUUCCCAGCAUUGGCUGAGAGACAUUCCAGGCAGGCAUUGUGUUGGAACUCUUAUGGGAGGGCCGUGGAUCCUCUUAAGCCCUCAAGCAUUGCAUGCUUGCACAAGAAUAAUAGGCAGAUUAGUCCCUAUACGAAACCAAAUGGCUAUAUUUGUUAAAGAAUGACAAAGGUUUAGCUUGGCUUUAAAAGUUCUUGAGGAACUGGUUGAAUUACCUGACAAUUUGCUUGCCUACUGAAUUUUGUAAAUAGAAGGUGGCUGAUCAACUUUGUUUGCUCCAAGCAUGAGAUUUGUAAGCAUUAAUAAGGUCUAAUUAAGCUUCACGGCUUGAAACUCUAGCCGCCUAGUAUUUUGGCAUGAAUGUAAUGGGUUGUGAUACUCUUGAAGUGAAUAUGCCCAAUGCUGCAGCAGUUUGUUCG